UGGGAGAUGUCUCAUUUUAAUCAGAAAUUUGCGGGCUACAAUCAUGCCUCAUUAAGAAAGGUUCGAGUUAUAUUUUAGAGUUUCUGAAAAACUGUUUUUUUAGAAAACCAGGUCUUCGAAGGGCUAAGGACAACCACCAUGGUCAUAUUCGUAAUCAGCAUGGUCGAUAACCUACAAUCCGCUAGAUUCCGAGCAAAAAGCGUUUAAUCACCUCGAAUGGUUCCAUCAUAAGAACCAACAAAAAAUUAUUAGCCAUUCACUAUAGCUCAAGUAAAUAAAUUUAUAUGCUUAAACCCUCCUAAGAAAAUUAAUAUUACUCUUAAAACAACUAGUAAUAAAAUUAAAGCCACCUAAAAUAGAAGAAACACCAGCAAUAUGCAAGCUAAAAAUAGCUAUUUUACUUUUCUAAAGAAUUAUCAAGAGGAAAAUAUGCUUUGUACUAAUAAACGCUAAUAUUUUUAAACUGAAAAUGACAUUCUCAGACGAACAAAUAUAAUAUUAACCGUUGUGGCGAAAAAAAACAAAUUGAAGAUUUGUUGCAUAGGAGGUUGAUGUAAACAGACUUGAGGAGAGCUAAUCUCUCGCUCUAAAACUAUUCAACCCAUCUCAAGAUCUCCGCAAACCAGUCAACUAUCAAUCUAAUUGAAGAUGGUCACACGCACAGCACAGAUAGUUUAUUGUUUUAUUCAUUAUUGUUUUUGUAGGUUUGUCGGGAAGUGGAAAAACCGAAUCAUGUAAAUACAUUGUUCAACAUCUGUUAAGUCGAGCAAUAUCCUAUGAAACAAUGUUAAACGUCAAAAUUAAUCAGGUCAAUCCUCUUAUGGAAGCAUUUGGUAAUGCAAAAACGUGGAUUAAUAACAAUUCGAGUCGUUUUGGAAAAUAUUUAGAAAUACAUUUUUCUCAAUCAGGAAAUGUUCUAGGAGCUCAAUUAAAAGAAUAUUUAUUAGAAAAAUCACGAGUUAUUUCUCAUAACAGUGAUGAAGGAAACUUUCAUAUAUUUUACAUGUUAUUUGCCGGUCUAUCUCAAGAAACAUUGACAAAAAAUGGACUACGAGCACCAAAUGAACAUCGCUACAUGUCGCACAACUCUGAAUUUGCACAAUUGGACAAUGUUAGACAAUCCGAAUAUCGUAAAAGAUUUAGUCAUGUUAAACAGAGUAUGCUUUCUAUUGGAUUUUCAUUACAGGAUGUUGAUUCAAUUUUUACAAUAUUAUCAGCCAUUUUACAUAUUGGCGACAUUGUUUUUGUGCCUCAUGGUUCUAACGAUGGUGUUAGAGUUAAAAAUACCAAUACAGUUGAUAAAAGUAUUGCCGAACUUUUACAGUUAUCUGCAGUCGAAUUUAGUUCAGCAUUAGUCACUGAAUUACAAGUAACAAGAGGAGAACAAAUAUUUCGAGAAAGAAAUAUUAGUCAGGCAUCAGAAUGUCGUGAUGCAUUCAGUAAAGCAUUGUAUGGGAGAUUAUUUAGUUGGAUUGUAAAUACCAUUAAUUCCUACUUAGAACCAUUAGAAAAUAGCGGUCCAUUACUCAUGAUUGCUAUACUGGAUAUAUUUGGAUUUGAAAAUUUUAAAUCAAAUAGUUUUGAACAAAUUUGUAUCAAUUUGACAAAUGAACACAUGCAAAGAUUUUUAAAUAAACAUCUAUACGAUCUGGAGAUACAAGACUGUCAACUGGAAGGAAUCGAGACAAUUGACAUCAACUACAUCGAUAAUCAUUAUGUUAUUGAUACAUUUUUAAAUAAACAUACGGGCAUCCUGGCUAUUCUGGAUGAGGAAAGUCGCUUUCCAAAAUCAAACGAUCAUACUCUUGCAACAAAAUUACAUCACGGUCCAGGUGUUCAGUUUGCAAAUGUGUAUAUAGUGCCAAAGGAUGGAGGGACUUCGUUUACAAUUCGUCAUUAUGCCGCUCCUGUUGUCUACAACAUUGUUGGUUUAUUAGAAAAAAAUCGUGAUACACUACCAAAUUCGAUCGUAUCUGCUGCAAGAACUAGCAAUAAUCCAAUUCUUCAAGAUUUAUUUCGCUGUAAUCUGAAUGAAAAAGGAACAUUGCCACCAUCAUCGAUUACCUAUCAUAAUUCAAAAUUAAAACGAACAGAGUCACGUAUUAGAAACAAGGAAAAUGAUGAUGAUGAUGGUAUUACAUUAAAAAGGAAUAAUUUGCGGUCACAAGAAAAAUCCUAUUCAUCUUAUUCAAACGCCAAUACAAUGGAAAGAAGUGCUGCGAUGAGGACAGUGGCAUACCAUUUCAAACAUUCGUUAACGGAAUUGAUCGAAAAAAUGAAUACUUGUAAAUGCCAUUUUGUCCGCUGUAUAAAACCAAACUAUACGAAAGAUAGACAAACUUGUUUAGCAAAUUGUGUGUCACGUCAAUUAUGCUAUUCUGGUGUGCUAAACAUGUGUGAAAUAAGACGAAAAGGAUAUCCAUUAAGAGUGACGUUUGCUGAAUUUUUACAAAGGUAUGCUAACUUUAAAUAG